AUGGUCAAGUUCCUUCUUGCUGCGGCCGCCCUUGCGGCCACUGCCCUCGCUGUUCCUGUUGUGGAAGAGCGCCAGAACUGCGGCUCCCAAUGGAGCCAGUGCGGCGGUAACGGCUGGCAGGGCGCGACCUGCUGCCAGUCCGGCUCAACCUGUGUUAAACAGAACGACUGGUACUUCCAGUGUAUCCCCGGUGCUGCGGCAACCACCACCACCACCUCCAAGCCGCCCGCGAGCACGACGACCACGUCAAAGAGCUCGACAAGCACCAAGACCACCGUCACCACCACCAGCACGACCAAGACCGGUGGCACGACGACAUCAACCACCACCAAGGCCCCUUCGACCACCGUCACGGGCGGUGCUACGGUUACGGCCAGCUACACCGGCAACCCCUUCGAGGGCGUCCAGCUGUGGGCCAACUCGUACUACUCGUCCGAGGUGUACAACCUGGCAAUUCCCAGCCUAAGCGGCGCCCAGGCGACCGGCGCGGCGGCCGUGGCCAAGGUGCCCAGCUUCCAGUGGCUCGACCGCAACGUCACCCUCGACACUCUCAUGGUCGACACUCUCAACGACAUCCGGGCGGCCAACGCCGCCGGUGCCAACCCGCCGUACGCCGCCCAGCUGGUGGUCUACGAUCUGCCCGACCGUGACUGCGCUGCGUUGGCGUCCAACGGCGAGUUCUCGAUUGCCAACGGCGGCGCUGCGAACUACAAGUCGUACAUUGCCCGCAUUCGCCAGCUGCUGAUCCAGUACUCGGACAUCCGCACCAUCCUCGUCGUCGAGCCCGACUCGCUCGCCAACAUGGUCACCAACCUGAACCAGCCCAAGUGCGGCAACGCGGCCUCCACCUACAAGGAGCUUGUCACCUACGCCAUCAAGGAGUUGAACCUUGCCAACGUGGCCAUGUACCUAGAUGCCGGCCACGCUGGCUGGCUCGGCUGGCCUGCUAACAUCCAGCCUGCGGCCACGCUGUUCGCCGGCAUCUACAAGGACGCCGGUCAGCCCGCGGCCGUGCGUGGUCUGGCCACCAACGUCGCCAACUACAACGCCUGGAGCGUGUCCACCGCGCCCUCGUACACUCAGGGCAACGCCAACUACGACGAGAAGCACUACGUUGAGGCCUUUAGCCCGCUCCUUAACGCUGCCGGCUUCCCGGCCAAGUUCAUCACCGACACCGGUCGCAGCGGCAAGCAGCCCACUGGCCAAACGGAAUGGGGUCACUGGUGCAACGCUGUCGGCACUGGCUUCGGCCUGCGCCCAUCGGCCAACACCGGCCACGACCUGCUCGACGCCUUUGUCUGGGUUAAGCCCGGUGGUGAGUGCGACGGCACCAGCGACACCAGCGCUGUCCGCUAUGACGCCAACUGCGGCCUGUCGGACGCCCUCAAGCCUGCCCCUGAGGCCGGCCAGUGGUUCCAGGCCUACUUUGUGCAGCUCCUCACCAACGCCAACCCGCCUUUCUACUAA